CUGUUUCCCUAGGAAAUGCGUCUGCUGACUCAGCUGCAAAGGCAGCUGCUCUGAUUCCUCUUGCACCCCACGCACACUCAUUUGUUAAAAUUCCUGUUUCCUCCCUGACUGAUAACAUGUCAUCACUGUCUUCCAUGCAGCAGCUCGCCCCACCGGUUGAGAAGGCUCAGUGGAAGGCUGCUGGUGCUGUGUUUGACCCAACCGCCAGCAUCUGGGUUGGUCCAAAUUGCAAUCCAUGUCUUCCUAGGCAUUUCUUCCCUCAUUUUGCUAAGUUGACACAUGGGUUAGAUCAUGUGUCAAAAGGAGGGAUGUUAGAGGCUAUCAAUCAGGCAUGGUUUACAAGGGGGUUCACAGUAACAGCUCAAAAGCACUGUGAAGCAUGCUUAAUUUGCAUUACAAAAAAUUCUGGCAGACCGGUAAAGGUUACAGGAUCAGGAGCACAUCCACCUCCCACCAGACCAUUUGAGCACCUAAUGCUGGAUUUCAUUGAGCUUAGUCCAUCAGAGGGUAAGAAACAUUGUCUUGUGGUGGUUGACAUGUGGUCCAAAUGGGUUGAAGCUUUCCCAGUAAAAGCACAGACAGCAAAUGCUGUGGCAAAGGCAUUACUGAGGGAAAUCAUUCCUAGAUGGGGAAUACCAGAUAAAAUCUCUAGCGACAAUGGUUCACAUUUUGCUAAUGAGGCCAUUGCACAGAUAGGAGAAUACCUGGGCAUGGACAUCAGAAAGCAUUGUGCUUACCAUCCACAGAGUGGGGGGGCGGUGGAAAGAGAGAACGGCACAAUUAAAAACAAGCUAGCAAAAUGCUGCGCAGACACAGGUCUGUCGUGGACACAGGCUCUGCCCAUUGUGCUGAUGUACAUGAGGAUGCGGAAACGAACACGAAGCCAACUCAGCCCAUUUGAAAUCCUUUUUGGUGCUCCUCCACAGAUUGGAAUCAAGGCUCCAGGAUAUCCUCUCCCCUCCACAACUUUGUGUGAGGAUGCUAUGUUGUCAUAUUGUGUUAACCUGUCAUCCGCUUUAGCAGAUAUCAGACGUCAGGUAGCAGCAGCUCUACCUACUCCUGCUACUGGUCCACUUCAUCGUCUCCAGCCUGGCGACUACGUGUUGGUCAAGGACUUCCGGAGAAAGAGCUGGAAAUCCAACCGUUGGCAAGGUCCCUAUCAGGUGCUUCUCGUCACCCAGACAGCGGUCAAGGUCGCCGAGAGAGCCACGUGGGUCCACGCCAGCCACUGCAAGGUCGUAGUCACAGGCCAGGAGAAACGGUAGAAGCAGACAACGACAAGUGACGUGCCAAGUCACCACCAACACUACAUUGCACCACAUACACCUGACUUUCACACUACACGCACACACAGGGUGACAUGAGUGAGUGCCAGUUGGGCUGU